AUGCCCUUCCAAGAAGAUUUCGCCGUGGAACGGUUUAUGGACGAGUAUGAGGAAACCGUCGAGUUCAACGCUGCCGAGAGCUGCUGCCAUUCGCUGAGCCUGAACCAGCUCUUCGAGCUAACAGGCGAAAAGUUUGAGUUUGAUUAUUCAAAAAGGUUCACGUACGGCUCGAUUCAAGGUACCCCUGCGCUGCGUUCGCUAAUAGCGCAAAUGUACUCCAACUCUGACGUGAAGCUCACGAAAGAGAACGUUUUGAUUACCAACGGUGCCAUCGCGGCCAAUUUUUUAGUUCACUACGCCCUGGUGGGCCCCGGUGACCACGUCAUUUGCUUGGCCCCCACGUACCAGCAGCUCAGCAGCGUGCCCCGUAUGUUCGGCGCAGAGGUCGACCUGCUCCAUUUGAAAGCGACAGACGCGUUUCUGCCCAACCUGAAUGAGCUUGUUGCCAUGAUUAAGCACAAUACCAAGCUGAUAGUGCUCAACAGCCCCAACAAUCCGCUCGGCAGCGUCGUUCCUACACAAUUGUUGAGGCAAAUCGCAGCGGUUGCAGAGGAAAAGGGCAUCGUGGUUCUCUGUGACGAGGUCUACAGUCCUCUGUUCCACUCCUGCCAGCAACCUAAGUCGUUUGCACAAAUAAGUACCCUUGGUGCCGUCACGGGUUCCAUGUCCAAGGCUUACUCGGCCGCUGGUAUCAGAAUCGGAUGGAUAGUUUCGCAAAACGCGCAGCUUUUGAAGCAGGCUGCGUCCCGCAGGGAUUACAAUACUAUUUCUGUCUCUAUGGUCGACGAUGCCAUUACGCGCUACAUUCUCAGCCAUCGCGAUGCAAUAUUGAAGCGCAACCUCGCACUAUGCAACGAGAACCUGUCAAUUAUGAGAACUUUCAUCGCAAAUUCGAAUAGGAAGUUCUCCUUUGUGCAUGAGCCCCAGGGAGGCUCCGUGUGUCUAAUUUACAUCAACGGCGUUCAAGACACGGAUUCUUUCGCUCGCACACUAGCAGAAAAGUAUAAAGUCUUGUUUUCGCCUGGGGAAUGUUUCGGGGUGCCGGGGACCCUUCGCGUAGGGCUGGGAAACUCUACUCACGAACUAACCGAGGGUCUACGGCUCUUGCGUGCAGCCUACGACGAGUACAUUGAUAUUUGA